UAUUAACCAUGAAAGAGAUCGGGUAUAUAAAGGACUUGCAAGCAGAUAGGUCUCAGGUCGCCAGGAUGAUCGGAAAGUUCUCACUUCUCUUCGUCUGCUUCGCCGUCGCCAGCGGAAACCCUGCGGCGGGGAAGCCAUGGCACUGGAAGUCCCCCAAGCCUCUUGUGGAACCACGCGGACCUGCCCCUAUCACACCGCGCAUCGUGGGCGGCACUGAGGCUGUUCCUCACUCGUGGCCCCACCAGGUGGGUCUCUUCAUCGACUUCAUGUACUUCUGCGGCGGUUCCCUCAUCUCUAACGAGUGGGUCCUCACGGCCGCUCACUGCAUGGACGGCGCCUUCUACGUGGAGGUGGUGAUGGGCGCCCACAACAUCCGGUUAAUUGAGCCCGGCCAGGUCACCAUGUCCUCCACCGACUUCUUCACCCACGAGAGCUGGGACGCCACCUCUCUCACGCACGACAUCGCCCUUAUCAAGCUGCCCAGCCCUGUGACAUUCAACGAUUACAUCCAGUCCGUCAGCUUGCCUGCUGGUGAUGUGCCUGUGGGUAAAGUCGUCACGCCCACCGGCUGGGGCCGCUUCUCUGACUCCGCCAGUGGAACGUCCGACGUCCUUCGUCAGGUGGACGUCCCUGUCAUGACCAACGCUGACUGUGACGCCGUAUAUGGCAUCGUCGGCGAUGGCGUCGUCUGCAUCGACAGCACUGGCGGCAAGGGUACCUGCAACGGUGACUCUGGCGGUCCCCUCAACCGCAACGGCAUGACGUACGGCAUCACCUCCUUCGGCUCCUCCGCCGGCUGCGAGAUACUAUACCCCGACGCCUUCACAACUCCGCGUCCCACGUACUACUACCGACUGGACUGGAUCGAACAGAAGACCGGCGUUACGCCCUGAGCGACCUCGCCGUCAGCAGAUAUCUGAAGCAUCGUGUAAAGUGUUGUUAAAAAAGAUGAUAACAAUUAUAAAAAAAGAAACAUUAAUACCAUAUAUUGAAUAACUUCCGGAUGAUAUCUUCAAGCAACCAUUGGCAUGCAGUAUCGCAUCAAAUAAUAAAUAAUUAACAAAAAG